AUGGAUAACCUGCAAGUUGUGUCGGGGAAGGGCAGGCCAAUAAAUCGAAAUGUGUCCCCUAUAAGACAAAGUUUUAAUAAUAUGUCUGGAAUAACAUCGAGUCCUGGACCUUCCGGAAUGAAGGUUUCACAAAACGUGUUGCGAUCAGGUGAUGGAAACGGUAGUAGUGGUAGUGGUUCAGUUGCUUGCAUUGGAAGUUCAUCUUCUUCUUCUGGAAAACAUCGGAGAAAAUCACCAACAAUUCUCAAAAGAGAAAUCGAAAGCACAACUCCGCACAUUCCUUCAGCCGAUUUAUUGCCUGGAAAAUCAUUAGAAGAAUCAAUUACUUUUGACGAUUCGGAUGUCUACAUUCAUUCUUCUUCGCUUGCGUCUAAUGGAUCAUCCGAACAGGUUUUGAUGGCCGAUGAGCCGGAUAGUCAAGUGCCUGAUAUGCAUCGUCAACGAUCUGCAGCUAUAGAACACAUACAAAGUAAGAUCUCAAAGACAAUGGACCAAAUUCGAGCUGAACAAACGACACGUGAUGAUAACGUUAACGAAUUUAUAAAAUUAGCCACGAAUGCGGAUAAACAGCAAAUCCAAAGAAUAAAAUCAGUUUUCGAAAAGAAAAAUCAAAAAUCUGCCCAAAUAAUAUCUCAGUUACAAAAAAAACUCGAGACUUAUAAUAAAAGGAUCAGGGAUAUUGAAAGCCAAAAACUUCACACGAGCCACCGACAACCGAGAGAAGUUUUACGGGAUAUGGGACAAGGAUUAAAAAAUGUCGGAGGAAAUAUUCGUGAUGGAAUAUCAGGCCUUUCUGGAACUGUGAUGUCUAAACCGAGGGAAUUUGCUCAUCUUCUUAAAAAUAAAUUCGGUAGCGCUGACAAUAUUAAUUCUUUGUCUAGAAAUGGAGAAAAUGGUAGUACAGGGGAAGAAGAUAAAACUCAUCACGGAAGUGCGACUUUACCCGGAAAUUGCACUUUAACAACAACAACGACAACAACGGCUACAACGGUAACAACUCAGGGAUCAACUCCGGGUAAUACGAAAAAAUUUGCUUCGGAUGAAGGUUCUCCUUGCAGUUCGGUAACGAGUGAAAGUUUACAUUUAGGACAAGUCACACAUCAUCACACUUCCCCCAGGCAUAAUAGAACAUCAUAUAAUUUAGAUCCACUUUUUAGAGAAUUACAAGAGAGAAGAGAAGAAAUUGAAAUAUUAAAAGAAAAAUUGGAAAAUUUAAAGGGAGUUCAUCAAGAAAUUCAAUAUUUAACGAUGGCCAUUCAAGAGGAAAAAUUUCGUAGCGAAAGAUUAGAGGAACAAAUAAACGAUUUAACCGAACUUCAUCAAAACGAAGUUGAAAAUUUAAAACAAGCGUUAACGGACAUGGAGGAAAAAGUACAAUAUCAAAGCGAAGAAAGAAUAAGGGAUUUACACGAAAUGUUGGAAAAUUGUCAGACGAAAAUAUCCAAAAUGGAACAUCAACAGGCUCAACAUCAGCAAUACGUCACACUCGAGGGAAUAGAUAAUUCUAAUGCUCGUGCCGUCGUUGUCAAACUCAUAAACGUUUUAUUGACCGUUCUUCAGGUUGUUUUGUUGUUGGUCGCCACAGCUGCGGGAAUAUUGAUGCCUUUUUUAAAAACUAGGCUAAGAAUUUUAUCGACGUUAGUUUUAAUUGCUGCAACGGUUUUCGUAUUGAAACAAUGGCCGGAAGUUCGAGAUGUUGGAAAUCAUUUAAUACGUCAUAUAAAAGAAGCAGUUUCGGUUAAAUAA